AGCAUGCCGCGGGGUGUGACCAUACCUGCCUUGCUCAACGUGUCGCUGCCCCGAGGCGUCGCCCCACCGACUCUGCCCCGCGGCCUCUCCCUGCCCAGGCCCGUCGCCAUGACAACCGUAUCCCAGGCGCCUCGGAGGCUGAUGCAGGACGUUGGCGCCGUGCUGGACCACCAGACACCUGGAGGGCUGUGCGGCUGCUGCGGGGCGCUGAGGCCUCGAUACAAACGCCUGGUCGACAACAUCUUCCCAGAGGACCCCGAGGAUGGCCUGGUUAAAGCCAACAUGGAGAAGUUGACGUUCUUCGCUCUUUCAGCUCCAGAGAAACUCGACCGCAUCGCCGCGUACCUGUCAGACCGCCUGACCCGGGAACUGAACCGACACCGCUACGGGUAUGUGUGUAUUGCGAUGGAGGCCUUGGAGCAGCUGCUGAUGGCUUGUCACUGUCAGAGCAUCAACCUGCUGGUGGAGAGUUUCCUCUGCAUGGUGAGAACCCUGCUGCAGAGCGAGCGGGCCGACCUGCAGGUGCUCGGAACCAACUCUUUUGUGAAGUUUGCGAACAUCGAGGAGGACACGCCGUCGUAUCACCGCAGCUACGACUUCUUCGUUUCCCGCUUCAGCGAGAUGAGCCAGUCGAGCUGCGAGGACGCCGACGUGCGAACCAAGAUCCGGGUGUCAGGCAUUCGGGGUCUGCAGGGCGUCGUCAGGAAGACGGUGGAUGACGAGCUGCAGGUGAACAUCUGGGAGCCGAGACACAUGGACCAGAUCGUCCCCGCCCUGCUGGUCAACCUGCAGCAGACAGACAGCAGCUCUCCAGCAGAGCAGACUGAGGUGUGUUUCAGAGAGCUGCUGGGCCGGGCGGCGUACGGACACAUCAACAACGCCAUCCGACCUGUGCUGAUGCACCUGGACAGCUACAGUCUUUGGGAAGGACGAAGCUUCGCCGUUCGCUGUUUCCAGAUCAUCAUGUACUCCAUCCAGUCGCAGCACUCUCACCUGGUCAUCCAGCAGCUGCUCGGUCACCUGGAUGCCAACAGCAGGAGUCCAGCCUCGGUCCGAGCCGGGAUCGUCGAGGUUCUGUCUGAAGCUGCUGUGAUCGAGGCUACAGGAUCUGUAGGUCCGACAGUGCUGGAAGUGUUCAACACGCUGCUGCGACAGCUCAGGCAGAGUGUCGACUACCAGCUGACUGGUUACUAUGACAACACCGGAAAGCACAAGACCACGGCCGCUGAGGAGGAAACGCUGCAGGACGCCGUCAUCAGAACCAUCGGCUCCUUUGCCAACACACUUCCUGUCUACCAGAGGUCAGAGGUCAUGCUGUUCAUCAUGGGGAAGAUCCCUGUUCCUGGCAUCUACCCGGUCCUGGGCUCGCCUAACGCUGGGUUUGAAGGCACUCGGAUGAUCCAGGUGAUGCUGCUGAAGUCUCUGCUCCAGGUGUCGGAGCGUUAUGAGAGCAGCAACAUGCUGACGGCGCUGCCCUCCUCCUUCCUGGAGCCUCUGCUGUCCUACACGCUGAUGGAGGAUCCAGAGAUCCGCCUGCUGGUCUUGUCCAUCCUCAUCUCGCUGAUCGACCGCCACCACAACUCCAGCAGGCUCCGCCCCGUCCGCUUGGACCAGAACGUCCUCAUGAAUCAAAGCAUUGUGUCUGACAUCUCAUCGCACCUGAAAGCUGAUAAAUGUUCUCGACAGGACAAUCUAUUCAUGAGGAAGCAUGCUCAGCGUCUCUACAGGCACAUCUACCUGGUCUGUAAGGAGGACAACAGUGGGCGGAGCCACUAUGAGGCCCUCUUCACCCUAUUGGCUGUCCUCAGCUUGGAGUUAGCCAAUGAGGAAGUUGUGGUGGAUCUGAUUCGCCUGGCCCUCGCAAUGCAGGAGCUGGCGCUGUCCAAUCAGGAGAGUCUGUCGGUGUUUAACCGCUGUGCCGUUCACGCCGUCUGUGCCGCCGCCCUGCAGCUGCUGGCCGAGCUGAGCGCCCUGCCCGACCUGCGCCAGCACGCCACCCAGGUGAUCCAGUCCAGACAGAGCGAGGCUCCCUACCUGCUGCCUGAUGAAGUCUUCACUGACACGCCAAGACUCCCAGAGUGUGUGUUGACAGUGCAGGAGGACUUCCUGUUCCUGCGGCAGAAGAUCUCUGAGGCCCUGACAGGAAGCUGCUACAGCACACACACCGAGCGCUUAAACACACCGUACACACCUCAGCUGACAGAGGAGGACCGGCUGGUGAAGAGGAAGAGUAUAGGUGAUGCCGUCUCUCUGCAGCUCGACAUGGACGCUCCGUUCAGCGACGACACACAGCAGAAACCUGGAACAGAACACAUCACCUUCGAGACGCUGAAGAACACCAUCGAGGACAGAGGAGUGGAGGAUGAUCAGAGGAGGAGGCUGGAGGUGGUUGAGAGGUUCCAGACGGCUCCGUUUGAGGAGAUCGCAGCGAGCUGUGGAGCCAGAGCGUCCCUCCUUCAGUCUAAACUGGACCAAGUGUUUGAUUUGAUCGUCUGCCCUCCUCCCUCUCCCUCGGGCCACGCCCCCCCUCGGUCCACGCCGCUUUACGAGAUGAAGUUCCCCGACCUGUGUGUCUACUAGGAAUACACACACACACACAAACACACACACACACACACACACACACACAGACACAGACACACACACACACACACACACAGACACAGACAC